CUCUCAUGCUAAACACACAGAGGAAAAUGCGAGAUGAUGUCAAGAUGAUUCACUCUAUAUCUUCCUCUUGACGCAACAUUCCUCGGUCAGCUGGAGUUUUAAAAUUUGCAACUGAAGAAUGGACGACGACCAAGAAGGUGCUAGACAAAGGGAUAGAAGGGGAGACGGAGGUGGAAGGGGUGGUGGUAGAGGCGAUAGGGGAGACGGGAAUAGACGGGUACGUCGAGGAGACUUAAAUCGAGGGAGGGGUCGUGAUGAUCGUCAGGCAAGAGCUCCGCGACCCUGGAGGACACGUCUUGGCUUCAAAAGACUAAACGAAUUACAACACAAGGAGCCUUCUGAUAUUCUUAUAACAAUUGCCCACUCCGAUAGUGGCCUUCAGGAGGGUUUGAAUGACGCAACACUGAGCAACGAUUUCAUCUCUCUUUUCCUCAGGUGCAUAGCUAAGGCAUGUAGAUGUCAGUCGUCUCCAGCAAAGGUUAUACAGCUUUUAACGUGUAUACUUAACUCAACUUUUAUCAAUUGCACAUUGCCUACAUUCAUGUCAAGAAUGAUCUUGGAAAAAUCUCCUGUCAGACAACUUGAAUUCAGAGCACCUCUUCACGAUACUAUAUUCAUCAUGUCGGAGAUCGCCCGGCGAAGCCCAAGCUCAAUAACAUCAGUAUUUGGUGUUAUGGGAGUAAUGCAGUCGGUUUUGAAUACUCUGCGUGCGACCACUGACAUCAUAGAAGAUGAUUUAUGGAAGGAUUUCAACGAAUGUUGUAUGCUGAGAGACCAUAUGCUUGCAGAGGCACAGGUGAAAUCAAGGAAAAGAGAGCAAACAUCUUCUAGGCAUGAUGACGACAAGCCUCCCGAUAACUUCCGUGAAAUUUCGGUGUUUCCAGAAAAAUCUGAUGUACAGAAUGAAGAAGGUCCGUUUUUGCGUAGGAACAAAAUAAAAGGAGGUUUUCAAAACCUGGAUCACUAUCUAGAUGUUCAGUUUAGGCUCCUAAGAGAGGACUUCGUCGGUCCUCUGCGUGAUGGAAUCAAUGGUUACAUAGCUGCAGUGCAGACAGGGAAAUCGAAGCGCUCACAAGAAAUGAGAGUUUAUUACGACGUCCAGGUGAUAUGUCCAAUCGGAGCUAGCAAUGGAUUGUGCCAUCGAAUUUCUUUUGACGUCAGUAGGAUGCAGCGAGUGAACUGGGAGUCAAGCAAACGUCUAAUCUUUGGAUCUCUAGUUUGUUUUUCGAGUGAUAACUUCAGGACUUUAUUGUUUGCAACUGUUGCCGAACGUGACCCAAAAAAACUCAAAGAGGGAAUUUUGGAUGUGAAGUUUGAAGGUGUUAGCAACAGAACUGUCAAUCUUCAUUUCAACAAGAAAUAUGUUAUGGCAGAAACAGUAGCAUAUUUUGAAGCCUAUCGACACGUUCUGAAAGGUCUGCAAAAAAUCGACGAAGGCGACCUUCCCUUUGAAAAGUACAUUAUCAAAUGCAACACAAAAAUGCAAGCUCCUCUUUACUUGAGGCAAAACGACCGCUUGACACUGGACAUGCGUCCACUCGUAGAUGAAGGAUUCAUUAUAAGUAGUGUUAGGCAACACGAACUACGAAAUUUAAAUAAAGAAUUCAGCGAAAGAGCGGCUGUGGCAAAGUCGGUUGAAGUAAACGGUGUAUGGCCUAGCGCGGAGCUGUUGCAUCUCGAUCAGUCCCAAUACAAAGCUGUCAAGCGGGCUUUGACUAGCGAAUUUGUUCUCACCCAAGGGCCUCCAGGAACAGGCAAAACCUACAUCGGGUUAAAGAUAGUGAAAGCGCUGCUUCACAACCAUUCUAUUUGGAAUACGAAUCCUGACACACACCAGGAAGAUCAUAGGCCAAUGCUGGUAGUCUGUUAUACCAACCACGCCCUCGAUCAGUUCAUAGAAGGCAUAUGCGAUUUUUUCAAAGGAUCAAUACUCCGAGUCGGUGGAAGAAGUACAAGUGAAGCUAUGAAAAAGUACAAUUUAAAUAGUAUGCGUUCGAGGAUACGGGAACUACGAGAGGUCCCAGAUGAAAUACAUCGUGGAAGAAUGAACGCAAGAAACCAGAUGAAAGACCUCCAACACGAGAUAAACAGAAUAUCAAGUUCCUUAGAAAUCGCCAGCCGAGAGGUUUUGAACGAAGAUGUAUUGGAAUCAUUUAUGGGCAGAUUUUAUGCAGAUAUUUCUGAAACCAGAGCCGCUUAUUUUGACGAUGGUUUUCAAACACAACAGAGAAAGACGCGCGCCGCUAUACUGGACUGGCUGAAUAUAGAUACUCUUACAAUCGGUGAGGAAGAACAGAACCUUGACUUGAGGGAAGGUCUAGAUGCAGCCGCAGAAGUUCCAAACCAAGAUCAUGCACAAUUCCACGCCGGUGAUGCGCAACAACCCGAACAUCAAGACGAUCCCAAUGAUGAGGAUGAUGAAUUAGUAGAUGUUCUAGAUGAAGUAGAUGCCAUGGUUGCUCAAAGAGAAAUAGAUGAAUACUUGGAUGAUGGUUAUGAUGUGGAGAUGGAAAAGGCAGAGGUUGUUAUGCUUAAGAUGCAAUUAAGUAAAAACUCUGUUGCACUUAAUGUAACAAACCUAGAAGAAAAAGAUACAAAUCAUGACGACGGUUGGCAGAUGACGAAAAAACAGAAGAAAGCACUUAAAAGACGUCUGCGAAGAGAACUAGGAUCGGAAGACAGGAUGGACGAAGCAGAAAUCGAGAGGAUUUAUGACGUUUGGGAAUUAAGCCAGAAAGACAAAUGGCGAUUAUACAGGUAUUGGGUGAACAAGUUCUCCGAAAAGAUGAGAGAUAAGAUCAGAUUAACGGUUCGCGAAUACCAGUCUAUUUGUGAUCAGCAUCAGGAAGUCUUAAUGCAAGAGGACAAGGGGAUAAUCAGAAAGGCAACGGUAGUAGGAAUGACUACCACAGGAGCAGCAAAGUAUCAGGCGGUACUUCAGGAAAUAGGGCCAAGGGUGAUAGUGGUUGAGGAAGCAGCUGAGGUCCUUGAGGCGCACGUGAUCACAACACUCAGCAGGGACUGUCAACACCUGAUCCUGAUUGGAGACCACAAACAACUUCGACCGAACCCGACAGUAUACAAGCUAGCUAAGGAAUACAACUUAGAUUUGUCUUUGUUUGAAAGGAUGAUAAAAAAUGACAUUGACCUGGAUUGCCUAGAACUACAACACAGGAUGCGUCCGGAAAUUUCAAAGAUCAUGACUUUGAUAUAUCCGGAGCUGAAAGAUCACGACAUUGUCAGGACGUAUGAUAACAUUAAAGGAACCGCAACUAAUGCAUUCUUCAUUAACCAUAGUUUUCGAGAACAAGAAGACGUCGAUCUAAAGAGCCAUUCAAACAUUCAUGAGGCCAAGUAUAUUGCAGGACUUUGCAAGUACUUUUUGUUACAAGGAUACGAACCAGACCAAAUCACAAUUCUCACACUAUACUCUGGACAGCUCUUCACCAUUAGAAAGGAAAUGCCGAAGCAAAUUUUCAGUGGGGUUCGCAUUACUGUUGUCGACAACUUCCAAGGCGAGGAGAACGACAUUGUUCUACUUUCACUUGUCAGAAGCAACAGUGAUGGAAAAAUAGGCUUUUUAAAAAUCGACAACCGCGUGUGUGUUGCAUUGUCUCGGGCAAAGAAGGGCAUGUUUGUUAUAGGAAACAUGGACAUUAUGGCACAAGGGAGUAGGUUGUGGAAACACAUUGUCUCUCAUGCACAGAAGGAGAGGAUGAUAGGUGAAGGUCUGAAGCUAAUUUGCCAAAAUCAUCCAGAAGACGGAGGGAUGAUAGCUAGAGUAUCUGAAGACUUCCAAAAGGCUCCCGAGGGUGGAUGUAUGAAGCCGUGUCAGUUCCGACUCGAAUGUGGUCAUACAUGCAGCAUGGUAUGUCAUGUUCUUGAUCAAAAACAUGAAAAAAUUCAAUGCAGAAAACGCUGUGAACGGAUUAUUUGUGAUAACAAACAUAAAUGCAAUAAACUUUGCUACCAGAAAUGUGGCGAAUGUCACGUUUUAGUUCAGAAAAAAAUACCGCAGUGUGGCCACAAGCAAGACAUUCCCUGCCACAUAGAUCCUGCCUAUUUUCGUUGUAAGGAAAGGUGUUCGAAAAUCUUGUUGUGUGGACACAGAUGUGCGGAAACAUGUGGUGAGGAUCACACAACAAAAUGCCAGGAAUAUGUCCAAAAGAUAUGGCCAUCUUGUAGGCACGUUGGAAUGGUAAAAUGUUUCCAGAAGGACAUUACAAAAUGUGUUGAGGGAUGUCAAGAUGUCCUGGAGUGUGAUCAUCUAUGUGCAGGAAGCUGUGGAUCAUGCAGUCAUGGAAGACUUCACAAAGCUUGCACAAAGCAGUGCGGCCGAACAUUAAUUUGCGGUCACCUUUGCACUGAUCGAUGUUCUAGGUGUCCACCAUGCGUCAAAAGAUGCGAAAAUCGUUGCAUUCAUAGCAGGUGCAACAACCGUUGCGGAGAACCCUGUGUACCUUGUAACGAACCAUGUGAGUGGACCUGUAAACAUUUCACUUGCACAAAGCUGUGUUGUGAGCCUUGUGAGCGACCCCGUUGUAAUAAAUCUUGCAAAAAUAAGCUGAAAUGCGGGCAUAAAUGCAUAGGAAUGUGUGGGGAAAAAUGUCCAUCACUUUGCAGGGUUUGUAACAGGGAUAUUGUGACAGAAAUAUUCUUCGGAGAUGAAGAUGAACCUGAUGCUAGGUUUAUACAGCUGGAGGACUGCGGUCACGUAAUCGAAGUCAAUGCCAUGGACACAUACAUGGAUCAGGAUUCUUCUGAUGAAAUAAGCGAAAUCAUAUUCAAAGGCUGUCCCAAGUGCAAAACUCCUAUUCGGAAAAAUUUACGAUACGGAAACGCCAUCAAGCAAACCUUGCAUAACAUAGAACAAGUCAAACGAAAAUUGCUCGGGGACGAACAAAGGAUCAAAGACCUAUUGGAGGAAACUCCAUAUGAAAUCGAGCAGUUAGAAGAAAGAGAUAAAAUUCUGCUGAUGAAAAGAUUUGAGGAAAUACUUCAAGAAAAGGAUAUUUCAAGUCGACACCGAAUAAAACCGCAUUCAGUCAUGAAAUUGUCCGAAGAAACACUCUUAACGGUCAAGAAUCAGGCAACAUUUCUCGAAAGAAUCAAAGAAAUGAAAAAAAAGAAUAGAGCUGUCGUGGUGUCCUCCGAGUCGAAUGACAUAUUCGAGGAGGCGAAGGAACACCUUGAGCAACUUCGGCUUUGGAUAUUGAACCCAAGGUCGUAUUUUACCCAGCAAGAGUCCUUGGACGUUACAGAUGAAAUAUGCAGACUAAGAGAUCUCAGAAACUUUCUAUUGUAUAAAACACAGGUUAGUAAUAGAAAAAUGAUCUUGGAUGGUGACUUAGUUAGAAGAAUGCGUGUCGCAGAAGUAAUGCUCACCGAUGGAAAAAAGUUUACUGAGGAAAAACAGAAGAAAGUUAAACGCACCUUGCAAAUGCUUAAAGACGUUGUCCCUGGAACUGGGCUUGGUAUUUCAGAGGAGGAACGGAUUCAAAUCAUCCAGGCAAUGGGUAUGGGGAAUGGACACUGGUUCAAAUGCCCGAACGGACAUGUGUAUGCUAUUGGUGAUUGUGGCGGUGCAACCAUAGAGGGACGUUGUCCAGAAUGCAAUGCGACAAUCGGAGGAAGUAGGCACACCUUAAGAUCGGAUAAUGCGCUCGCACCAGAAAUGGACGGUGCAGCUGUUCCAGCCUGGCCAACCGCACUUGUUCAUAAUAUAGAAAAUUUCCAUAUAAACUAGUGACCAAUCAAUCAAUUUGGAUCACAAAUUACUUUUUAAGACAUGGAAGUCAAACAUUACACUACUCGUGUUCAGAUUCUUUUUAUGAAUGUAUUUUUUUAAUUGUUUAAAUGUGUCAUGACUUUAUGAUUUAUUCUUGAAGAAAUUGGUAAUGAAAAAGGAUUUUGAAACAUGAGUUCACUGUACGAAUAAGUUCCUUUUAUUUACCGAUGUGCAUCUGUCCACCAAUAAGUCAAGGAACCUGUUCAUACCUCAAACAUGUAGUCUUGUUUUUUUGUGGAUUUUGUAGAUAAACAAUUUAUUCGAGUGUUAUUCAUUAGAUAGAUUGUACAUUGUAUAAUUUAUUUCAUGAUAUGACAUAUGUGCUUUUACUUCAGUCAUAAGUUUAAAUAUUUUGUACAUGACCAUAUUCCUUUGUCUUAUUUUCGAGAAGACUUUGAAAUGUAAAUGUUUUCUUAUUGUGUACAUGGAAUGUAAAUAUAAAGAAAAUCCAGAUAAUUAUAUUAUACUGUAAAACAUGUCGUGGCGAUUGUAAUUUCAUUGGAUUCGUGGAUAUUUAUGAUGCACAAAUCGAUAUGUUGAGGAAAUGAUAAACAGUUAAAAAUUAACAUAUAUUUAAGUACUAGGCGACAUCAUGGGUACUAAGUUCCCACGAAAUCAAAUGACAACAAAAUAGUAUUUGCUUGAAGAACCACGAAAUUUAAGCCCCACGAUAUUAUCCGAAUUUACUGUCCCUAAUAAAUAUAUAUUUGAAGACUUAUGAGAAAUGAGAAUGAGGUUUAACUGUUAAAAUAAAGUGUGAACCAUAAUAUAUCAUUUCG